AUGUCACAUUCAGACCAGCCCAAACCCGUAAAAGGGUUGGAUUAUUCCUUCUCUGAUCAGCUUCGCUACUCUUUGAGUUGCGAAGAGGACAAACCUGAUUCCAAACAACUCGAUGCUCUGGGUUCGCCGGUUUCGCCAUUGACGACUCGUAGGUGGUCGGGACACGGUGGCCGUGCUGCCAGUGGAUUGACCACCACGAGCAGCAGCAGUUCUAGCUCGUCUGGUUCGGUUUCAGGGGAAACUACGAACCCCGCAGUAGUCAAAAGAAUCGAUGUUGGCCGAAAGAGCCACUCAGGCGAGCUAUCAGGCUCGAGCGUAAGCAGUCCAACUGUGGCGGAGAGCACACGAUCCGGCUCUUCUGCGACCCGUAAUUACAACCCAUUUAUCUAUUUGGGCGGUAGCGGCUGUGGAGGCUCCGUUAAUUCACCCACUGUGAAUGUACUUGCCCCCACUGGAAACAUUUUUCCGUCGGGAAAGAUUUUUAAGACUGGAAUGGCGACCAAGAGCUCUCCAAGAAGGGACAUUCUUGGCUCUGGCACUCGGAACUACGGACAUGGUAGUAUAAUGCGGGGCGGCGGGGUUACUGGCGGAAAAUUGGGCGGUGGUAGUAGUAGCGGUGGUGAAGCUAGUCCGACCAAUGUCGCGAGGGAAUCAAUGACAAUGACGAUGAAAAACGCUAUGGCUAGUUGGGAUUUAGAGACGGUGACGAAGGCAGGCAAUGAGCAGUACAAGAGGAGAAAUUUUUCAGAAGCGCUGUCUCUUUAUGAUCGAGCGAUUUCGAUAUUUCCGGGUAAUGCAGCUUCUCGAAAUAAUAGGGCAGCUGCAUUGACGAGUCUUGGUAGGUUAACCGAGGCCAUGAAGGAAUGCGAAGCCGCUGUCAGGUUGGAUCCUGCUUAUGGCAGGGCCCAUCAAUAUUUAGCAUCUCUGCAUCUGCGGUUAGGGCAAACUGAAAAUGCCCGAAAACACCUGUUUUUUCUUGGACAGCCGCCUGAUCCGAUGGAGUUACAAAAGUUGCAGGCUAUGGAGAGGCAUCUAAAGAGAUGUGUUGAUGCCCGGAAGAUGGGUGAUUGGAAGAAAUUAUUGAAGGAAGUUGAUGCCGCCAUUGCAUCUGGAGGAAACUCUUCUCCUCAGCUCUUUGCAGGUAGAGUAGAAGCGUUCUUGAAGCUCCACCAUCUGGAGGAUGCAGAGUCUGCCCUUUCAAGCAUCCCUAAAUUCGAACCAGCUACCCCUUCAUCUUCACAGGCCACAUUCUGUGGAUUCUUUUCCGAAGCUUACGUAUACUUUGUCAUGGCCCAGGUUGAUCUGACAAUGGGGAGGUUUGAGAAUGCAGUUGCUACAGCUGAGAAAGCUGUGCAGCUUGAUCCGGGUAGCUUUGAAAUUGCAAUGAUGCUGAACAAUGUGAAGUUAGUGGCAAGAGCCCGUGAUCAUGGUAAUGACCUCUUCAAAGCUGGAAUGUUUGAUGAAGCCUGCUCAGCAUAUGUUGAGGGCCUAAAGGUUGAUCCAUUCAACUCUGUUCUUCAUUGCAACAGAGCAGCAUGUUGGUCUAAACUUGGGCAUUGGGAGAGAUCCGUUGAUGACUGUAACCAAGCUCUCAGGAUCCGACCCAAUUACACCAAGGCCCUUCUUCGAAGGGCUGCCUCAUAUGUCCAGUUAGAACGAUGGGCUGAAUCUGUGAGGGACUAUGAAGUUUUGAGAAAGGAACUUCCAGGUGAUAAUGAGAUUGCAGAAGCUCUAUUCCAUUCCCAAGUUGCAUUAAAGAACUCCCGAGGAGAGGAAGUUUAUAACAUGAAAUUUGGUGGUGAAGUGGAGAAAGUAUUAGGUCUUGAUCAAUUUAGAUCUGAAAUAUCUUCACCUAGUGUUUCAGUAGUGUACUUCAAGGCAGCAUCAAACAAGCAGUGUGAGCAAAUAUCUCCCUUUGUGGACACUCUAUGUCACCGGUAUCCAUCUGUGAAUUUUGUCAAGGUUGACGUCGAGGAGAGCCCAGAGGUAGCUAAGGCAGAGAAUGUUAGAAUUGUUCCAACAUUCAAGAUUUACAAGAAAGGUAGUAGAGUUAAGGAGAUGAUCUGCCCUACACCUCAGGUUUUGGAGUCCUCGGUGAGGCAUUACAGUCUCUAGUACAAAA